CACUUUCACUCUAUCUCGCUAUAAAAAUCCCGCUCAACCAUUUUCCCAUCCUAACUCGUCACUCUCUCGCUCUCUACUCUCUCACUCAUCUUCAUCACUAUCACAGUGUUCUAAUCACACAGGAAAAAAAAUUCAACAAAAUGAGAGAAAUUCUUCAUGUUCAAGGAGGACAAUGCGGGAACCAGAUCGGUUCAAAAUUCUGGGAAGUAGUUUGCGACGAGCACGGCAUAGAUCCAACCGGAAGAUACGUCGGAAACUCAGAUCUACAACUUGAGCGCGUCAAUGUUUACUACAACGAAGCUUCAUGCGGAAGGUUUGUUCCACGCGCCGUCCUCAUGGACUUGGAGCCUGGUACCAUGGACAGUGUCCGCACCGGUCCUUACGGUCAGAUCUUCCGUCCUGAUAACUUCGUUUUCGGUCAGUCCGGCGCCGGUAACAAUUGGGCGAAAGGUCAUUACACUGAAGGCGCUGAACUUAUUGAUUCAGUUCUCGAUGUUGUUCGUAAAGAAGCUGAGAAUUGCGAUUGUCUUCAAGGGUUUCAGGUGUGUCAUUCGUUGGGAGGAGGAACGGGAUCUGGAAUGGGAACUUUGUUGAUUUCGAAGAUUAGAGAGGAAUAUCCUGAUAGGAUGAUGUUGACGUUUUCGGUGUUUCCUUCUCCGAAGGUUUCUGAUACUGUUGUUGAGCCUUAUAAUGCUACUCUUUCUGUUCAUCAGUUGGUUGAGAAUGCUGACGAGUGUAUGGUGCUUGAUAAUGAGGCUUUGUACGAUAUCUGCUUCAGAACACUUAAAUUGACUACUCCUAGCUUUGGUGACUUGAACCACUUGAUCUCAGCAACCAUGAGUGGAGUGACUUGCUGCCUUCGUUUCCCGGGUCAACUCAACUCUGAUCUCCGGAAACUGGCAGUGAAUCUCAUCCCAUUCCCUCGCCUGCACUUCUUCAUGGUUGGUUUUGCUCCUCUUACAUCCCGUGGCUCUCAGCAAUACCGUGCAUUGACUGUUCCAGAACUCACCCAGCAGAUGUGGGAUUCCAAAAACAUGAUGUGUGCUGCUGAUCCUAGGCAUGGUCGAUACCUCACUGCGUCUGCCAUGUUCAGGGGUAAGAUGAGCACCAAAGAGGUGGAUGAGCAAAUGAUAAAUGUCCAGAACAAGAACUCUUCCUACUUUGUUGAGUGGAUCCCCAACAAUGUUAAGUCAAGUGUUUGUGACAUUGCUCCUAGAGGUCUCUCCAUGGCCUCCACCUUUAUCGGUAACUCAACCUCAAUUCAGGAAAUGUUUAGGAGGGUGAGCGAGCAAUUUACCGCUAUGUUUAGGAGGAAGGCUUUCUUGCAUUGGUACACUGGUGAAGGCAUGGAUGAAAUGGAAUUCACAGAAGCAGAGAGCAACAUGAAUGACCUCGUGUCUGAGUACCAGCAGUACCAGGAUGCCACUGCUGAUGAAGAAGGAGAAUAUGAUGACGAGGAGGAAGAGGAGCAAGAUCAUGCUUAUGAAUAAAAGAUAUUACUAAAAUGAUUGUUCUUGCUUAUGCAAUAUGGUAUAUGAUGCAUAAGUGUGUUUAGUAGUAUUCCUCUAUCCUUUGUAAUUAGCUUGUUUUGAGGGAUUUUAGUAUCGAGCUGGAUGUGGAGAGAAUGGAGAUCCCAAUUUGGACAACAGAGCGAAGGGUAGUGGAAAUUUAGUACAUGGUUUAAAGUAGAUCUCUGCACCCAUCUAUUUGUUUCUGUAUGUUGGCUUGCAUUGUUGUUUCUUAUAUCUGCUAUUGGAUUAUGUUACCUUAAUAGUUUGUCAUUCCUAUGCACGACUUUUUCACAUUGGA